AUGCCACUUCUCAGCCUAGGAACUCCGGGUCGCCGCACCAAGAGUCGGGAAAACGCAAUGCACCGCCCAGAAGCGCUAAGACCAAAGUGUAAUAUCUGUUUGGUGUUGGUGUCUUGUCGAGAGAGGGGUGUACCGCAGGUGACCCUGGGUGAAAAGAAAAGAGAGACGCGAAGUGAAAAUCCCGCGUCCGGACGAGCACCAGAAGAAAAGGGCGAACGGUUCGAGGAGGAAAAAACGUUAAAAGAGCGGAACCGAGGGCCGAACACCGACAGCGAGGCCAAAGGCAGCGGCAGACGAGCAGGACGGUACGUAGAAGCGCGCGAGAGGGAGCGAACGAGGGACGGAAGAAUCCCGAAGUGUCCCUGUGCCGGCCUGCAGUCGCCGACGUCGAAAUCCGGUGCGAAGGGCAGCGAGUCGGGCGAUCGGGAAGACGACGACGUCUCGCACCGGCGAGAAGCG